AUGCACAUGCUCCAGAACCCGCCGCCGACGGAGCUCGUCCUCACUCCGCUGCGCGACGGCCUUGGCGUCAUCGACCCUCUGUUGAAGAAGAAGCUACUCGGCCCGGGAAGAGGACAGCUCCACCUGCGCCGCACUGAGGGCGGCUGCGGGGGAGUCCGCACGCCACGUCGCUUCGGUCAGUUUGGCCCUGAGGGCUGCGGUCCUGCCCUCGGCCUCGACCUUGAUCAGCCCCAACCUCAUCCCAUAUUCGCGCUCGAAGGCCGAGCGAGCUUCCACCACGUGGCGAUCGACUUCUUCCUGGGCUCAGGCUUCGCGCGCAGCAACCACGCGACACGCCUACACCGAAGCACAUGGCCGUCCAGUGACCCCCGGCCCACGCCGCAGGCUGCGGACUCCCGCGACCACCUCCUGAGAUUUCCACGCGACGGCCGCGUUCCCGCCCGUGCCGUGCCCACGCCGCCUCGCCACCGACAUCCUCUUCCCCGCGGCCGCUGCUCCCGGCGUUACCCAGCUGUCAACCCCCCACCGAGGCACCGACGAGAAAGGAAAAUCCCCUCGCCGUCUCACUGCCCCACGGGCCCCGCUUUCCUGGCCCAACCUGUCAGUCCCUCCCGUCGCCAAAGCCAAACACACACCAGGAUCAUUAGAUUCGAAACAGAUCUCAAGAUCACCUCCCCCCGUUUGCCAUCUUUAGUUAGUUUCAGCCCCACCUCGCCUCCCUCCAUUAAAGCCCGCGCCCUCCUCCUCCGCUCCAUUCCCCUCGCCACCGCCCAGAUCCAGACCAUGACGGUGCCGCCGUCGCCGGAGCCGUUCCGCGUCUUCGUCGGGUACGACCCGAAGGAGCACGAGGCGUACGAGGUGUGCCGCCGCAGCCUGAUCCGCCACGCCACCGUGCCGCUCGACGUGCGCCCCAUCCGGCAGCCGGACCUGCGCGCGUCGGGCCUCUACUGGCGCACGCGGGGCCACAUGGAGAGCACCGAGUUCUCCUUCACCCGCUUCCUCACCCCCUUCCUCGCCGGCUACCGCGGCUGGGCGCUCUUCAUCGACUGCGACUUCCUCUACCUCGCCGACGUCGCCGAGCUCAUCGCCUCCGCCGUGCCCUCGGACGCCGCCGCCGCCAAGCGCCUCGCCGUCGUCUGCGUCAAGCACGAGUACGCGCCCCUCGAGACCACCAAGAUGGACGGCGCCAUGCAGACCGUGUACCCGCGCAAGAACUGGUCCUCCAUGGUGCUCUACAACUGCGCCCACCCCAAGAACGUCGCCACGCUCACCCCGGACGCCGUCAGCACCAAGACCGGCGCCUUCCUCCACCGAUUCUCCUGGCUCGAAGACGACGAGAUCGGGGAGGUGCCCUUCGUCUGGAACUUCCUCGUCGGCCACAACAAGGUCGACCCUGACGACCCGACCACGAAGCCCAAGGCCCUGCACUACACCUGCGGGGGACCCUGGUUCGACAGGUACAGGGACUGCGAGUUCGCCGACCUCUGGAUCAAGGAGGCCGAGGAGCUCAGGGCGGAGAAGGAGAAGCGCAAGGCCGAGAAGGAGAGGCUCGAGCUCGAGGACGACGAGGACGACGAGGGGAAUUGAUGGAUGAUGGGGCCGGCCAACAAGUUUUACUGCAUUGCAUUGCAUUGGUCCUUUUGCGCCGUGGGAAUUCUUUCGAUUCAAUCUGUUUGUUAUGCUGGUUUCUUGGUAUAGGUGGUAGGGGAGGCCAUGAGUAGAUAGCUCGAGUAUAUUGGUUUAGUAUGCUCUUGUGUAGUAGCUGCAAUCGAUCUAUGAAUGAACCAGUCCUCAUUGCCAAGAGAUUUUAUCCUUUGGCCUUGCGCCUAUCAGUUCUGCUUCUCUUGUUCUGAUCACACAAUGCUUACUGAAUUAAUAAUCCUUGGCUGGCUGA